UUGUUUGCAGACGAGUCUGCUGAGUGCUGUGAUCUCCCGUGCGCUGUCCUCAUCUCUGGAUUCCUGAUUUUGUUCUCGGUCCCUUCUCCCUGUAUCCAGCAGCCAAAUCUCUGCUCUAGAAUUCUUGCUUCUUUCCACUAAAUUGUUGCAUUCCCCCAGUUUGAGGAUUUCUCACUUUGGAUCUUAUACCCUGAAAGCAUCAUAUCGAUAUCUGAACUACAUAUUAUAUGUUGGACUUUUAUUGUGAUCUGUUGAUCCCCAGCAGUCUACUGAUUUCGGUAUAUUCUGUGCCCCUUAGCCCGUUCCCUGGGUCUUGAUAUCAGCCAUUAUUAAGCUUAGCCCUGGGGCAGAGCAUGGAAGCACCCACCGUCCAGUGAGCUAUGGACCGUGGCAGCCUUUUAGGGGGUGUCCGGGGGGACCCUGGACAGCUGAUCCACAGAUCCCUGGACUUCAAGAGCCAGGGGGCGCAGUGCUACAAGGACAAGAAGUACCGGGAGGCUAUCGGCAAGUACCACCGGGCACUGUUGGAACUCAAGGGGCUGCCUGGGGAGCCGGAGCCCGGCCGGGAUCCACCAGAAGGGCCACAGGGAACACCGCUAACUGAGGAACAGCGGCUUGCAGUGGAGAAUAUAGAGGUGGACUGCUACAACAGCCUGGCAGCAUGUCUUCUGCAAGCAGAGUUGGUGAAUUAUGAGCGAGUGAAGGAAUAUUGCCUGAAGGUAUUAAAGAAGGAGGGAGAGAAUUUCAAGGCCCUGUACAGAUCAGGAGUGGCAUUCUACCACCUGGGAGACUACGACAAAGCCCUCUACUACUUGAAGGAAGCCAAGAGCCGACAGCCAACAGAUACAAAUGUGAUCCGAUAUAUCCAGCUGGCAGAAAUGAAGCUCAGUAGAUGUAAUCAAAGAGAAAAAGAAUUAUCAUAAAAGUGUAUAUUUUACGGCUGAUCACUGGACUGUUCAUUGCUGCAGGCUGUAUUUGUCAGUGGUUCUGUCUCCUUGACUCAGUUACUCUUCGGAAGGAAACACAGGAUGCGCCUAUGUGCACCUCUCUAUCAUAGUACCCGGAACCAUUACUUUUUGCCCAGGAAUGACACAGAGACUUGGAAUUGAAUAGUGAAAUAGUGUUAAACUAUCCCAUUGCUGUAAUUUGUCUGGUUUUGCAAAGCAUUUUGUCAUAUGCCUAUCUCCCUUAGCAGGGGUAUAAGAAAACACAUAGCUAAUUUCACAUUAAAACUGAUGCACAAAAUGUUUUAAUUUGUUUACGGCUUAAACUGUUGGUUAGAAAUUACCUUCUACAUAAUGCAUAGCUUUUUUAAACACUGCUUAAUUCCCUCUUUCACUUAAGCAUGGAGGGAUUUUUUUAUAGAUGGGUAAUUAUUGGAAACACUGCAGAGAGAGAGAAAAAGCUGAAAGCCCAUUAUUUGUAAGUAAAAAAAAAAUGGCAUUUUGUAAAUGACAGCUUUUUUUCUGAUUACAUCUAUGUAUUACAAAUGUUGUACUGCUUUCUCUUUGUUGAGUACCAGGAAACAAUUAUUACCACUGUAAUUUUCUGGAAAAUAUAAUUUUCUUUUAAAAUAAACUCAAAGCAUCAUAAAA